UUGUGCAGUGUUUCUUGCAAGACGCGCAUCAAACAUUCUUCAGUUUUGAAUCAAAAUUUAUAUCUGAGCAAAAUGGACAAUUCAACAAAGAAUGAUACUGAAAAAACACUGGUAACAACUAUGGGCGAUGAUUCAAAUUCCAAUGGAACAAGUUGUGAUUCGAUUCAAGUUGGUUCUGAAGUAGUUUUAAUAACACUCUACAGCAUUGUGUUACUGGGAGGUACUGUGGGAGCCAUCAUCAUGACGUGGAAAAUGAAAAGUGUCCAAAAAUCUGUAACGUCCACCGCCAUGGUCAACCUCAUAUUUAUACACACGCUUUUUCUCUUAACUAUACCAUUCCGCAUCUCCUAUUAUGCCCUUCAUGAAUGGAAGUUUGGCCCAAUGUUUUGUAAACUGUCGAGUUCAAUGAUCCACGCUCACAUGUACCUGGCCUUUGUGUUCUACGUGAUCAUCGUGGUGAUCAGAAUGAUCAGCUUCUUUAAACAAAAGGAAACAGUGCAGUUUUACCAGCCAUGGCAUGCCAGUGCUGGCAGCCUGGUUAUAUGGUUUCUGGUGCUCUUGGGUGUUUUGCCACCAUUUCUAUUGCUUUAUGGUAAAACCUUUGAUUAUAAAGCAGAAAAGUGCUUCGAGUUCCAAGCUGAAAUGGCUGACCCACUAGUGAAGGUUGUGAAUUAUUUUGUCGUGAUCUCUGUAUUAAUGAUUAUCGUUGCUUUACUCACCAUCCAAGUGGGUAUCAUAAUAAAACUCCUGGCCCAGCAUGCAGUCCGUCAACAACAGCAAUUUGGAGCGCAGAUGAAGACUAUUAUUUUUAUGCUAGUUAUGAUUGUGUGUUUCACUCCGUAUCUCAUGUUCAGACUGUAUUAUAUAAACAAAGCUGCAAAUGAGAAAUGCUUGCAUAUCGUCAACGAAUGCUUUUUAGCUCUGACUGCAAUGAGUUGUUUUGAUGUGCUUACUUUUCUGAUACCUGCUCAUUGAAAACUUACAAUGGCCACUUCGGAUUUGGCUAAAUGUCAUCAAUUCACACACAAUGAGCUGAUGACAUGUAGAAAAAUAGUGCUGUAAAUAUUGACGGAUACUUCUUUGCUUUCCCUCAUACCUCCCUACCUAUCCAAUCUGCUUACCCCCCACAAGUCACCACCUGCUGCCUCCACUCGGCUGGCUCCAUCCUCCUAAUUUUCCCUCAUGCCGUCCGCUCCAUCAUCAUUGGUCGUGCCUUCAGCCACUACGACCUGAAACUCUGGAAUUCUCUCCC